UCUUUGUUUAUUUUUUGUAUCAGCACGGGUUUUUGUGCAGGCUGUGCUGCAAAUGCACGUCAAGACAAUGCAGAGGCCUUUCCACAAAAUGGGAAGAAACUAAAUAGAGCAUGGGAAAAAAAAAUUAUGUUGAUAUGUUGGGCCUCAUUAGGCCCUCCCACAGAGAGUUGGACAGCCCAUCCAUGUCCUGCUCUAUCAUAAUCAGUCCAGAGUUCACCUACCGCUUACUUGGUUUCAUCCUGUCUUCCUGUCAAACUAUCUACCUCUCCUUUCCACUGUUGCAUUUUUCUCUGGAAGUCCCUUUCCUGGAUAUAUGAGGAAUACUGAUUGUGGAAGGCGAAUGCCAUGUGGAGUAGCUGCCUGCUCUGAACUCACACAAUCUACAGCAUUCACCUCUCAACACCCGCUUGCGCUUAACAGGAGUUCAACCAGAAGAAUGACUAACCCAGCAGCUCAGAAAUCAGGUGUGUGACUUCAGUGGAGGGGCCUGAUCUGACUUUGUUCCCCUCUACAAUACCAAGCCAAUAAGAGGUGGAACAGAUCGAGAGGAAGCAGCUUUAACUGUACACUUAGUCAGUUUUUAUACAGCCAGCACAGUCACAUGAAUGGAUGUCAUAUGUGUUUAUGUAUUUAACAUGAUUCAGUCUGAGGUGAUUCAUGUUAAACUUUGAACUGUAAAUCUGUGUGUUGUCAUUUCUGAGAACGCUGCUACUGUAAUGUCCUUAAUCAUUCCUACAUUUAUGAUCAGAAGUUUUAUGACCGGAUUGAACAAACUGACCCAACAAACUGUGAAGACAAAAUGUUGCUGUUGAACUCUACAAGCUCAGAGGAUCUGCUGGGCAACAGUAGCAGUGACCCUGGAGUGGACAAUGUGGAACACGUUCUAGUCCCAAUACUAGAUUCACUAAUUCUGGUGCUGGGAGUUAGCGGACACACCAUAGUGAUAGUAAUCUUAUGUAAGCGAUGGAGGAGAGGGGUGGGACGUAUUGGACAGUCUCCCCAAAACUCUGUGAUGGGUAUGGGGACAGACAUCCUGCUUCUGGCCCUGAGCGUUUCAGACCUGCUUUUGCUCUCCAUGCUUCCCUUCCACACGGCUGCUAUAGCCAUGCAGCACUGGCCGUUUGGUGACUUCAUGUGUCGUCUGGUGGGCUUCCUGGGAUCAGCCUGCUCCUCAACCAGCAUCUUUACUCUGGCCACACUGGCUGUGUGUCGCUAUCUGACUGUGGUGAAGCCUGCCAGAGCAUAUUCCCUUCUCUCUGCUCGCCGAGUCUCUGUAGCUGCCAUACUGGUCUGGGUCCCAGCCUGCUGCCUUGCUGUUCCACAGCUAGUCUUUCGCUCUGUAGGAACCCCACAAAAAGCCAUUGACGGGCUUGCAUGCUUUGCUUUCCAGACCCACCGUGACCAGUUGAUCUAUGGACUGUCUCAUUUCUUUGUGGCCUUCUUUCUACCGCUAGUUACCAUAGCAGUGGCAUAUGGCAGCAUCUACAUGUUCCUAUGGAGGAGUCGGCACGCUGGAAGAGCCCCCCAGGUGGAGCGUUACCAAAGCAAAGUGACCCAAACGUCGGCUAUGCUGGUGCUGGCUUUCACCCUGUGCUGGCUGCCGUCCUAUGGCAUGACGCUGGCCUUACUGGCAGAUAAAGGCACAGGAGCCACUGGAGCCUCACCACGUUAUGGCCCCUUUGCUGUGUUUGCACGCUUUAUGGCAACCUCCUCUACAGUGAUGAACCCUAUUCUCUAUGUGCUGAUGUCUGAAAAGUUCAGGCAGGACCUACUGAGGCUGUUCAAGAGGGAAGGACAAAGAGACAGCGGGGAUGUGGCUAUGGCUGCUGCCUGACAGUAUUGCCACGAGUAACUAACUUGAAAUAACGCGACUAUUUCAUUCGCGCACAGCGAGGAACUGCUGGCAACUGGGAUCGACAAAAAAAUACAAGCUAAAAAACUUGAUCAAAGACUAAAGAUAAACUGGACGUCAGCGUUGCCUUCAUGAACAAAGUCAACUCAAGAGCUCUCACAGCAACAGUCAGCAUCAUUGCUUUGAACAACAGUUGCUCUUGAAUUGAGCAGGAACUUUGCUCUGGGAUUUGUUGCUUUACAUGCACAGCGGGAAUAUCACGCAUUCCUUGUAAAAGAGAUUAAAGUAAAACAUUAACGGUGCACCCGUGUUCUGUUGUGCUGAGAUAAGGUGAAUGAAAGUCUAUCUGUCUCUCAGCCUGAUUGUAUUGCUUCUCACUCUGUUCUCAAAAAAAUGCUUUUCCUUUGUUUCUACUUUGGCUACAUCUACAGAAUAAAUAUGAGUAUUUUGGGGAAAAGCCAGCAGAUUUCUUCUCCAGGAAGAUUCCUUAUCAGGGAGUCUUAUGACUGGA